ACCUUUUAUCGUCUAUGAUGGAACUGAUGUAAUAACGUCAUUACUAUCAUCAUUUUUAUUACCAUUAAUUACAACAUUCUUUUGCAAUUUACCUAAAACUAUGCUAUACGCUACUAUUUAUUUGUUUUAGGUAUGUGCAUGUACAAUGAAUUUUCAAAAGAGAUUUAUUAUGAAGGAAGUGGAUUUGGUAAAGGAAGUGGAUUCUGGUUUUUAAGAGAAAAUGAUCUAUGGAAAGAUUUUACAAUGAUUGGUGGGGGUUAUAAACUUAACCUACGCAGUAUACGCGUUAAUGAUAGAGUGGGAUUGGUUAGACAUCCGGAUGGGACUAUAGGAUUUCUGUACAACGGGCAGUACCAAGGAAUUGCCUUCCGCAAUGUUCCUGGAGGUCUUUAUGGAUUAGUUGCUACAACCGGCAAAUGUGUCCAAGUGUCAAUAACCGAGAAUGCUGGGCGUACCUUUGAACAAGAAACAGUAGCUGGUACACCUAAUGCACCAUUUGGUAAAUCGAUUAAUCAGUUAUUUGACUUACUGACCGAUCAAUCAGUCGGUCAAUCAGUUUUUAUUCUAAAACGCUGUAUUUCAAUAUAAUACAUUUCUAUUUGUGAAAACAUUUAAUAAAUUUUAAACCUACUUAAGAAACAUUAAAUGUUAAAUGUCUAUAUCAAGUACAGUUGUAUUUUUUAGAAUAUAUUGCAUUGGAAAGGUUCAUGAAUAGCAAUGACAUGCAUUGCAAACUAGGAAGGAAAAUCUAUAAAGAGAGGUUAAGUUUGUUGAUGGCACAUCUGAAUGCAUUAGGCUUAAAAGAAGGGGGAAAUAAGAACUAGGUAGUUUGUUCCAUAAAAAAGGUAUGAAUGAGGAUGAGUGAAAUAAUACCAUAGGGGUAAGUUUAAACUGAAAAAAUAUGGAUGUUCAGGGCAGACCUCCUGGUCUGUCUGGCAGGAAUAUGAUAUGGAGAAGAAUGGCCUUUAGUUUAUUUGAACAAUUGCAAAAUAAUGUAUUUAUUUAUUACUGUAUAUGAAUACAAAAAUACAUAAACGGUAGCACAAGGCUAAAAUUGUCUGUAGUACAAUAAAAUUUCACAUUAUAUACUAUUAAAAUUACAAAAAAUACAAUUAAAAAAGCAAUUAAUUUACUAAACACGAUUGCACA